UGGACCGGAGUCCGCCAUGCAGGCAAGGGAUCAUCGUGGUCAUCCACGUGCCUUGGCCAUCCCAGACUCUUUAGAGGGAGAGCCAUGAUGUCACUGAAAGUCCAGACCAGCAACAUCACCAACAAAAAUGAUCCCAAAUCCAUCAACUCACGUGUGUUUAUUGGGAACCUGAACACUACAGUGGUGACAAAGACUGAUGUUGAGACGAUCUUCUCCAAAUAUGGGCGUGUAUUAGGCUGCUCUGUUCACAAAGGAUAUGCUUUUGUUCAGUAUGCUAUUGAGAGACAUGCCCGUGGAGCUGUCCUUGGGGAGAAUGGACGAGUGCUGGCUGGACAGACCCUUGAUAUCAACAUGGCAGGUGAACCCAAACCCAACAGGCCUAAGGGUUUAAAGAGAACAGCAGCAGCAGCACUAUACAGUGGUUAUGACUUUGACUAUGAUUACUACAGGGAUGACUUCUAUGACAGACUGUACAGAGGUAGAGUGUCACCUGUGCCUAGAAUGGUACCAGUAAAGCGCACCCAUGUGGCAGUGCCCGUGAUGCACAGGGUGAAGCCAUUACCUGUCAAACUCCUGACCAGAUCUGGCAUCCUACCAAACACCUCCAUUAAACACAAAUUAAAAUCCAAUGAACUUCAAGCUAUCAAAUUAGAACUUACUCAGAUCAAAUCCAACAUUGAUGCGCUGCUGGGACGUCUAGACCAGAUCACAGUGGACAAAUUCUGCACAAGAGAGCUGCGGAAGGCUGAUGAAAACAAGACUGAAUUGUCCCAAGAUGAAUCGGGCUCUGACUCAGAGCAGCUGCCAGAUGAACAGCAUCACAGUUACAUAGAGGAAGGAGAAGACAAUAUGCAAGAAAGGCAUGAUGAAGACAUGGAAAACAACCGCUUGCCAGAAACAGACCCUAUUCUCCAAUAAAAGCUUGUGCCAACAGGGAGCUGGAGAACAGUUGAUUGGAAGCUGUUCAAACACCACAGACACAGCAGGAAAACACUUGAAGCAGAGGAGUGCAAUGGAAAGUCCAACAUUAGCUGUCAAUCAGACUGACAGCUCAGUUAGGUGGGGAAUGUGUGGAGGCAUGAGCACCAAAACACACCAAAAACCAGGAACUCAUGAAUGAAUGACAGCUCCUGUCAAGCAACAGCAUCCCUCUAAAGCUACCAGGCAGAUGAGACAUUGAAACCUUUCAAAAUGUAAAAGACAGAUUUAAAUUAUUUUCAAUAUACACCCCUUGUCACUGAUACCUCUUCUGCUGUUUUCUGUUUGUAUCUUUUGUGUUUU